UCUAAAAAUAAAUGAUCCAGAAGUCACCUACAUUCUAAAAAUAUUCCUUUCCACUUGAAGUUUCGAGUUGUUAACACUAGUAUUUAAUACGCAUUAAUUUACUAAAAUGGCAGAAGUUCAGGCUACAAAAAUUAACCAAGAAGAGUUGAUUAGAAAAGUUGGUGAUUUAGAAAAACGUCUCGAGACUAAAGAUGCGGAAAUUCAAGUUUAUAAGAUGUUAGUGUCCCAAAUGGAGGAAGAGGCUGCGCAGGCUAAAAAGUACAAGGCCCUUCACGAAAAACAAACCGAAGACGUGGAUUUCCUCCGUACGGAAUCCGAGAAAACUUUAACCAAAGCGAAAAGUAUGAUAUUCGAAAAAACGAAAGUGAUCAAAAAUCAAGAAUUGCAAAUAGAGGCGUUCACUCAACAAAUCGAAUCUCUGAGAGAAGUCAUCCGCAUAACCAAAGAUUUAUUGGAAAUUCGCAACUUGGAAGUGCAGCAAUUAGAAAUAAAAAUAAGUUCGAUGGAAGGUAAACAGAAAGCGGAAAAGGAACGGUACGAUUUAAUGCACAAAAAAUUAGAAAUGAUGAUUAGACAUAAUGCUGAACUUAAAAGGGAAUACGAAACUCAGUUAUGCCUUUUCACCGCCCUCAGAGACAGAUACAACGAGAGGGAAUUGGCCAGAGACGUAGUCGGUAAUUUAAAAAGGGAUAAAAACGCCGAGAAUAAAAAUUUAGAAGCUGCAACAGUUGUAAACAACGAAAAUCAACCCGGAAAUCUUCCUGAACAAAAUUUAGUUGAAGAUAAUACAAAUACGGUAGAUAAUAAUGUCGAUUCUGUAAAUACAGACAUGAAUUCACCCCAAGUUACCAAUCAACAACACCCUGAAGAGUUAAAACAACCCCCAGCAGAAAUACUUGUCCAGAAUACUCCUUCAGAUGAAGUAGUAGCCGAUAUACAACAUUCUAAUGAAGUAAAUAAUGAACAGAUUGAUAAUACUGAACAGAAAAAGGAAUAAAUCAUCCUUAAUUAACCUAAUUUUUACUGGUAUUUGUUACGAGUGAUGUUGAAAUUGUUUAAACAAAUAGAAGUAUUAAAAUAAAUAAAAUAAAGUGUGUUAGAUGUUUGAAUUAAUAUAAUAACUAUUCUAAACUGUAUAUUUACAGAAAUUUCGCUUGUAAUAACCUCAAGAAUCGUCACAAGAAUUAAUUUGUGAUUAAUUUUUAAUUUUUAACAAUCUUCAAUAAAUAUGACAACUAACCGGAAGUGCUGAAUACGUUUAAUCAGUCACGACGUAAUAUCGUUUUUAAAUGUUCAGUUCUCAAAUAACAUAAACUUCGUUUACAACUGAAUUACUGGAGUUUUAAAGCUGAAAAAAUUAAUUGUGUGCAUCAGACUAUUAUGACUAUUAAAUGUAAAUUGAAAAAAAUAUCUGACAAGUCUUACUACGUAUGCAACUACCAUUACACAUGUGUGUUUGGUUGCCUACCUCAAUGUGAAAAUUUAAAAUUCAGGAUUGGUUAUCAGCGCGUGAUAACCGGAAGUAGUUAAUGAUUAGUGACGCGUUAUAAUAAAUUAUUCUAUCAUUUUUUAAAUUGUUUUAAUAAAUAAUUGAAUCUAAGUGUAUUAUAAAACAAAUCAUUUUAAUUCUUCCACUGUGUAACUUUAACGGUUUCAAGUAACGUACCCAUUUAACGUCAUACGAAUAUUGUACAAGGUCGCGUUGUUGCCAGAUUUUUUUUUUAACGCUUGGUGUGAUGAUUUAAGCAAUUUUAUUUUAUUGUUCGGAAAUUUAGAUAUUUUCGACGUUGUAUUGGUUAUUAAAUAAAAUACCGAUUUUAA